GUUGGAAACGUUUGGUCGUGGUUAUAAACAUUUGAAUGUUGCUAAUUAAAACAUCUCCGAGACAUAGCAAUAUCUGCGUUAUUUCCCGUGCAAAAGGUAAUGUAACAAUAGGCCUGUUUGGGUAGUUAAACUGUUUUGGAUGGUUCAAAGGGGCAUCGAGUUGCUGAGAUCAGCCAGGUUAUUGUUUCCCUUCAUUCGGAGAUAAAAUGCACGGUGGCUCUCUCUUUUCGUUUGGAUUAUUCGUUCCGCAGCAGCGAAAUCAGGUGAGGCUGCACUCAUUCACCGCUAAAUUUCCGAUGAGGAUGAAUAAAACGCAGUGACCACAGCUCAUACCCCGAUGAGCAUGGGUGAUAUGAAGCACAGUUCCCCAAACGCAUCCGGGGAUCGAGUAUGGUCGGCAGACUCUACAAAACAUGCUGCUGAUUUCCUCUCACAUUGCGAAAACGCACACGAAAACGAUCCACAACUGGUGGUCAAAUGUAAUGCGAGCCCAUGCCGAAUUGAAUUUGAGUCCAUCAGGGUUAGCGGGAUCUCCGUUGGCUCUCAUCCCGAAGAGGAUUCGAUUUGCUCGGACAGUGGGUUCGGGGGCUCCCCCGCAUCACUAAUACUCAGAAAGCUGUCAAACGCCUCAUCGUCUGGGUUGUCACCCGUCUCGUCUUUUGAAGAAUAUGAGGACGACCGCGGCUUUCCUGAUGAGGUCCCCCGGGUGAGUUUGUGCAGGGUAACAUUUGGGGAGUGCGCCCCUGUGAAGGAGAGGGCCCAACCAAUAUUAUGGUAAUGAUCUCAUACUCUUAUCAGCUGCCAUAUGAUGGGACCGAUCAGCAUGAGUCUGAAAUAAUGUAACAUUCUGCUCAGGAAGAUGCAGGUGUCAUUAAAUGAUCUGUUUAGAACUGGCUUUGGCUCAACAGUUCUGCUUAGUUUAGUCUAAACUGCUGGAAAUGAGGGCAACUUGUGAUUUCUCCAGUCCCAGUAAAUCUCCAUCUGUCAUGCCUGUAAAUCUUAUGCCUUUUCUGUUACUUUGAAGGCACUAAUACUGGGUGUGUUUGGGAGCUAACCUCUGGGGGAAAAGAAGUCCACACUGGCACAGAAACUCGAAACACUUGUGAUCUGUCUCCUAUGUGCCCUCUCUCGCUUCCUUUCCUCGUCCCUCUGUAUCUACAGACAGAGGCUCAAAGCCUGUCACUGUAUAGGCUGAGCUGGGGAUAGUAUAGUUUUAUUAUGCUAGUAGCUAUAGAACCUUUUAGGGCCUUAAAGAGUAUUAGACUGAUACAGAGAUGAUUACAGAAUGCAGCACCAGGGUGUUGCAUCAUGUCUACUAGCCAACACUCAACAGUGUUAUAUAGUGACCGUUUGAGUAUUGUCUGCAUGAGCUAAGGUUUUCCACCCUCUCAUUCCCUGAUACUAUGCAGGCCUCUCCCUUGGCAUCCAUAAUUCAUGGUUUUUAUCUGCGUUGGCUGCCCAUUAUCCUACAGUUGACAACAUGCAGGAGAGAGGGAAUGGGUGAUAGAAAAAGGAUGGGCAUAGAUGUGUAGGGAUAAUAUUAGAGAUUGGGGAAAGAUGGGACAAUUAUUCUUUGAAAUCUCAUUUUAUUUGUAUAGAAAAAAAGUAGUCUAGUUCUAGUAAACUAAGGAUUGAAGUACAAUAAGGUUUGGUCAACUCCUUGAGGUGUACACUCUCCUUGCCUGGGGGUUUGUAAGGGGUAGUUUCAGGUGUAGCUGCAGGCCACUACACUAAUAGAGAACAGAUUGGGCAAGUAUUUCCACACAAACGCAUAUCCUCAUCUGUACAUACUAUUGGGGGACACGUUUAGAGUAUUGUGAAUCUACAGAGACCUAGAGCAGAACAACAAACUCAACACCCACUGUGCAUACUCACUGUGGUUUCUAACGUGUGGGUGUGGUCCAUAGUUUUCUCAAGUUCACUAAAGCUUUGAUCAAAACAAGUCCAGCAGCCUGUAAAUGUUUGAAUGUGUGCAGCUGUUGCACUAACUAUUAAAAAUAUUGUGUAGUCAGGACAUUACUGUUCCAGCUGGUUGAUAGGUGUUAUUAGGUAGGUAAUGUUAAGCGUAGCACAGAGAAUUGUCGACCAACCUUUACUUGGCGAUACUUCCUUAAUUCCCAACUUGGAAGACAACACGUGUUCUAAACUUCCAUGUCUAGUUCGUUUUGAAUUUAGAAAAUGCUCCGUUAUUAAAUAAUUUGUUGGAUUACUUCAUGGAGCAGAACAUUUAUUUUAUUUAAUAACGGAGCAUUUUCUAAAAAAAACUUACAAAAAACUGAAACUAGACAUGGAAGUUUAGAACACGUGUUGUCUUCCAAGUUGCGAAUUGAGGAAGUUUCGGCAAGUAAAGGUUGAUCUAAAAUUCUCUGUGCUACGCUUAACAUGACCUACCUAAUAAUGCAUAUCGGCCAGCAGGAACAGUAAUAAAGGUCUGACUAGGCAAUAUUUUUAAUAGCUACUGUUGCAUAAGAUCCCAGCCCAACCUCUCCUACAUGUCUUGGCUCAGUCUGGUGGUCGGUCAAUGGCUGUUUCCAUAGAGACGCUCAGCCAUAGGUUAGAAAGUUGUGUGACUGGGUCUGAAGUCUGAGGUUGUGUUGUUCUCAUGACGGUGUCUCUCAGUGGAGUCACAAGGGAGUAGGAAAGACAGAGGAGGGACUGUAAGCUAGAGGUGUUGUACUGUACGCUAACGAAUGGGGCUGUGAGGUGUAAUGUGCACGAUUACUUGCUCUCCCCAUGCAGAGCAUCACAUGGAAGAAACCCAUAAGCACAGGGACCUUGUCGCCCCUCUCCGUGCCCCCCAAGAAGCCACAGCCCUGGGUGCAAGUGGUUGGACAUGCAGGUUGGUUCUUUGUCGGCCUUUCUUUCAUUGGUAUUUUUCUGCCUUGAUGGUUUUGAAGUUAGUCUUUCUUACUGCUAAUAAAAGAUGGCUGUGUAGUACCAAAUGUGUUUUGAAAGUAUAACACUCCUAGUCUCUUCCCUCUCCACCCUCUUGCCCCUGCUCAUGGCUGGCGGGCCAGGGAGCUUCCAUGCAGGGGACUAUGGGAUGCUGCUGAAGCGCUACACUGAGGGGGAGCAGCAGUGCCUGCAGAGGCUGAUGGAGGACUCUCUGAGGCCCUUCGUACCAUGCUACCACGGAGUGGUGCAGCGGGCCGAGCAGGACUACAACAUGAUGGACGACCUGCUCACUCACUUCAACUCCCCCGCCAUCAUGGACUGCAAGAUGGGCACCCGGUGUGUGUGACUGUGUGAUUCAGAGACACUGGGAGCUGGUUUACCCUGACCCAGAUUAAAUCAACCUCUGGGCUAAAGUGUUCUUUUGAGUCCAGGAAUAGGCAAACCGACUCUGGGUGUGUUGUCUUGUCUUGUGAUGAGUAUGUGUAUAUAAUAUUGAGUUGUCUGCUCUGUUAGGACAUACCUGGAGGAGGAGCUGACGAAGGCUCGGGAGCGGCCCCAGCCUCGUCAAGACAUGUAUGAGAAGAUGGUGGACGUGGACCCAGAGGCCCCCACUGCAGAGGAGCAAGCCCUACAGGCAGUACUCAAGACCAGAUACAUGCAGUGGAGAGAGACCCUGAGCUCCACCACCACUCUGGGUUUCCGCAUCGAGGGAAUCAAGGCAUGGACACGCACACAGACAAAUGCAGGGAGAUAAGUUGGUUAGAUGUAUUGCUCCAUUGUGUUUCUAUGGCUUAAGUGCUGUAUGAUUGGAGCCAAGGUUGUUGAACUUUGGAAGGGAAAUGACAUCUUAGUCAUUUAGCAGACAAGGAUUUAUUUAAGGUUUUUCUUUAAAGAGUUAAGGUUUCAGACGUUAGAAAUAUCUGAAUAGAACUUACAUCAUACUUUUUCAUUGCUUCCUCAUACUAUAGCCUCAACCAUUAGUUUUCUACAAUCUUUCUUUCAAUGCUUGAACAUUUGCGUCAGAGUGAGAGAGAGAACUUCCCUCUGUUUUUUUUACCUGCAUAGUCCUAGAGAUAAGGAAGCAGGGAUUGACUUAGAGGGUUGCCUAUUGCCUGGUGCAAGUGCACUGAGCAAGCAGCCAGCAGCAUACCACCCUGCAUCCCACUGCUGGCUUGCCUCUGAAGCUAAGCAGGGUUGGUCCUGGAUGGGAGACCAGAUGCUGCUAGAAGUGGUGUUGGAGGACCAGUAGGAGGCACUCUUUCCUCUGGUCUAAAAAAAUAUAUAAAAAUGCCCCAGGGCAUUGAUUCGGGACAUUGCCCUGUAUAGGGUGCUGUCUUUCAGAUGGGACGUUAAAUGGGUGUCCUGACUCUCAGUGGUUACUAAAGAUCGCAUGGUGUUAACCCCGGUGUCCUGGCUAAAUUCCCAAUCUGGCCCUCAUACCAUCAUGGCCUCCUAAUCAUCCCCAGCUUCCAAUUGGCUCAUUCCUCUCCCCUGUAUCUAUUCCUCAGGUAGUUGUUGUAAAUGAGAAUGUGUUCUCAGUCAGCUUACCUGGUAAAACAAAAACUGCUCUGAGGUUGCCCCAGCUGAUAAAAAAUAAAUACAACUCUAAACUGCAAAGAAUUCCACUAGGCCUAGCUUAAAACGGAUAGUUUUGGUUCAUCCCCAUUGUUUUGUUUAAGUGAAAGACUGAUCAUUUCAGACUGCUCUGGGAUUUUCCCAUUAGGCAGGGGAUAAAAAAACAACCAUACUGCAAAUAAUUUCAAUAGCCUAACAUAGGACCUAUACUGGGGCCCAAGUUUGAUUGAAAUGAAUAGGAGCGUCUCACACUUGGCAAAAGUUGCGUGUCCAAUGUCGCUAGCAGGUCAGUCAAAAAUAUAUAUUUUUCUGUCUCCUCCCUGUUGUUUAAGGGACUGAAGAGUUAUGGCAUUUCUGCGUGUAAACAACUAUUUCCAAUUUUUUGGGCAAGUGGCCAUAAUCUUCGGACAACCAAAGAAUACUCCUGACUUGCCCGAUAGGCAAGUGCCUUUCAGACCUAAAUGUAAUUCCCUGAGGAUGUUGCCAAAAUAAUUGUAUGUAAAGGUGCCUGUUUGGGCAUGUAUGUCUCAUGCACGGUUACCUCAAAUUAUUGGCACCCUUGAUAAAGUUGAGUAAAAAAUACUGAGCUAUAUUGUAUGCUCCCCCAAAAAUGUUUUUGUACUAAUACAAUUGUUAAGAGAAAAAUAUUGUUUAACAAGUAAUUGGGAGAAAAAAAUCUCCAGAUGUAAAAAAUGUUGGCACCCCUGUUUUCAAUACUUUGUGCACCCUCCCAUUGUGAGGAUAAUGGCACUUAGCCUUUUUCUAUAUUGUUUUAUGAAAUUGGAGAACACAUUAGGAUGGAUCUUAGACCAUUCCUCCAUACAGAAUCAUUCCAGAUCCUUGAUAUCCUUCGGUCUGCCCUUAUGGACUGCCCUCUUCAAUUCAAACCACAGGUUUUAAAUGGGGUUCAAGUCUGGAGACUGAGAUGGACAUUGCAAAAUGUUGAUUUUUGUGGUAAAUUAACAAUUUCUUUGUAGAUGUUGAUGUGUGCUUGGAGUCAUAGACUUGCUGCUACGUUUCAGCCUCCUGGCAACCGGGUUUUAGGCUAAAAUGUCCUGGUACUUGGUAAAGUUUAUGAUGCCGUUGACCUUAAUAAGGGCUCCAAGAUCAGUUGAAGCAAAACAGCCCCAUAACAUCAAAUAUUCACCACUAUAUUUUACAGUAGGUAUGAGGUUCAUUUCUGCUUAUGAAUCCUUAUUUCGCGGUGAAAGCCACCACUGGUGUUCGUGGCCAAACAGCUCUAUUUUCAUAUCAUCUGACCAUAGCACCUGGUUCUAAUCCAAGUGCCAAUGCUUUUUAGCAAACUCCAUGUCUUUACAUUUGUUGGUUGCUCUUAAUAAAGGCUUUUUUAUGGCAACCCUUCCAAAUAGCCUAUUGACAUGGAGAUGGUGUCUAAUUGUAGAUUUUGAGACUUGGUGACCUCAAGAUGUGACCAAGUUCUGUUACAGGUUGAGAGAAUGCCAAGAGUGUGCAAAGCUGUCAUCAAGGCAAAGGGUGGCUAUUUGAAGAAUCUCAAAUAUAAAAUAUAUUUUGGUUAGUUAAAUUUUUUUUGGGUUACUACAUGAUUCCAUAUGUGUUAUUUCAUAGUGUUGAUGUCUUCACUAUUGUUCUACAAUGUAGAAAAUAGUAAAAAAUAAAGAAAAACCCUUGAAUGAGUAGGUGUUCUAAAACUUUUGAUGUGUAUUAUAUGUCUACAACAUUGUUAAAUCCCUGUGUAGAAGGCUGAUGGUGUGUGCAACACAAACUUCAAAAGGACCAAGAGCAGAGAAGAGGUGAUGCAGGCACUGCAGGACUAUGUGGGCUGCAAUGCCCUAAUUCUGGUGAGUGUGUGUCGCUCUUAAUCUUACCCCCUUCAUCCCCCUUCCUCUCUCAGGAUUACAUUUCUCGUCUCCAUUUUCAGAAGGGAUAUCUAAGACGACUGAAGGAGCUUCGACAGGUGUUGGAGACAUCCGACUUCUUCAGGACACACGAGGUAAGCUGUUUUGCACUGCUUUCGCAGUAUAAUGGAUGCUUUGCAUGUCUUGAUGCUGGUCUAUGUAUGGAGAGGUGCACACUAGCAUCUGUCUCUCUCUGUAGGUGGUGGGCAGCUCCCUGCUUUUUGUGCAUGACAGUACAGGGAAGACUGGAGUAUGGAUGAUUGAUUUUGGGAAGACUGUUCCCCUGCCGCCGCCUCUCACCCUGGACCACCACACCCCCUGGGAAGAGGGCAACCGAGAGGACGGGUACCUGUGGGGGCUGGACAACCUCAUCGAUGUCCUGACUGACAUACUGCCUCACCUGAACUGAACCUCAAUCUGACUGACACAGGACCUCAUCCCAACCAAAACUCCCUCUCCCACCUGAACCAUACAGCAUCUGAAUGGCCAUGUCACCUUUCACCUUAGAAGGUUGGACAACCAAGAGACUGUUCACACAUUGGACUUGGAUUCUGUGUUGGUGUU